GGCCGUACAGUGAUGCGCAUUUAACCUUGAUGGUCAAAUUGACGCAGGAACGUAAAAAUGAUGUCUGGUUUCCAUGUCAUUUCCUCGGAGGCACACUAGCCAAGGUACUCUUAACCGGCCACCCGGAAGAAGUGAAGUAGCAAUCGGGCUGCCCCCACAAGAUGGUAGCUCGGAAACCCGAUUCGACCGGCAAGAUGCAGGCAGAUCGUCGCAACUCCUGCACGGCAUGCAUUUCGCCGCGCCCACUCUUGGCGCUGUGCCUCUCUCUCCCCCGCAUGCUCCCCGUCUCGCGAAACUCGAUUCUGACCUGCCACUUUUCCCUGUGAGCAUACCACAAGAUUGUCACUAAUACAGAGUUCCGAUGGUCACUCAAAGAAAAGAAAACCAGGGAGAAACGGGACGGCACGAUGUCUUGGCCGAUAUACACUACUACGACGACCCCGGAGACGGCUCGGCCCCGCCUCCCGUCAUCGCCGGCAGGUGAGCCGACGAGCGAGAUGGCCCGAAGCUACAGACGAAAAACCGAGCGCUCACCGGGAACGGACUGUGGUCUCUCCCACUUUGACAGCAACCAGGUGAUCAACGAGCGGCCGAUGGCCAAGGUCCAGACCGUCAUCCGCGACGUGCGGGGCGAGGAGGACAGGUACACGCUCGACAGCCACGGGUUCCAGUUCCACGACCACUCGUCCGGGUACGGCGGCGGCGACACGGCGGCCUGGCGCGACGAGGCGAGGGUCAGGGCCGAGUACUAUCCGGAAUGCGAGCAGCUGUACAAGGAUGUGACAGGAGCGUCCCGCGUCCGGGUGUUUGGUCAUCGGGUGCGCCGUGGGCCGACCAACUGGCACUCCCUGGGCCCGGGCAACGCCGACCGGCGAGGCCCGGUCCACGGCGCCCACGUCGACCAGUCGUACGACGGCGCCGUGACCGAGCUGCGCUUCUACCUGCCCACCGAGGCGGACGAGCUCCUGAAGCGGCGAUUCCAGAUCAUCAACAUCUGGAGACCGAUCACCACGAUAGUCAAGGACCCCCUCGCCGUGGCGUCGUCGCAGUCCAUCCCGGACGAGGAUCUGCUCCCGGCCGAGGUCCGGCUCCCAUCGCACACCAAGGAAACGUGGACGGUGCUCUCGCCAAACCGCCCUAACCGUCCGGCGGGGCUGCCGCGCCAUGAAUGGUUCUUCAAGUACAGGCAGCGGCCGGACGAGGUUCUCCUCAUCAAGUGCUUCGACAGCGAAGAGACGGUGGCCAGGCGCGCCAUCCACGCCGCUUUCAUCAACCCGGAGACGGCCGACAUGGAUGGUUGCCGGGAGAGCAUUGAGCUGCGGGCUCUGAUUUUCUAUUGACGAGGUCAUACUCAUUACUACUGAGGCCGCGUGCCAAUCAUAACGUGGUGUCGGGCACCUGGGUGCCACAGUCAUCUGGGCUGCCCAGAGAGCCGGCGGACAGAAAGAAGGCACCCCAAACGGACACCGUCGGUGCCUGAACCAACGUAACGACGGCCGUGGGCGUCAGUGGGGGAAAUCUACAAGCAGCAAAGUAUACGGGUAUGAUACAGCGGUAUAGUGCGCCCGACGUAGCCAGCAUUUUUCCCAUGCACGAAAGGAGACUCCGCAAAAUUGCCCAAGCCAAACCCAGAACAAAGAAAGUGCAAUGCCCGAAACAAGGAAACAAGAAUGGAGUUGAGUCUUGCCGUACUUCCCAGGGUCGCGUGGUUUACUGGAAUCUUGGGAUAUGUCGUGUUCGUGAUCUCCAGA